AUGUCCCGUCAUCUUCAACAUGUUGCGUCACCGAUGACGGCCCCGGCUCCCUGCCACGAAACAAUCCUGAUGUGGCAGGUCGGCAGCAACACCUUAACUCCAACAACGCAACUGUCGAUCGUUUUCAGCGGCAGUAUGGUAUCCGCAAUGUUUGCUCUCAAGGUUUUUGUCGCUUUUGCGCCAUUGACAAAUGUCUGGGCGAGGUACACAAAUAAAACGGCCUUACCUUUGUUGCUGGAUGCGACGGGUGAGGAAUUGACGAUGGGUCUGGAGACGGGGGCUUUCACGAGUGUAGAUCUCGUGCAGGCGUAUGUUGCUCGCAUCCUUGAGAUGAACGUCACCCUUCAUAUGGUCACCGAGAUCAACCCUGAUGCUUGGGAUAUCGCAAAGACAUUGGACGAGGAGCGUGCGAGUGGAAAAAUUCGGGGACCUCUUCAUGGCCUCCCAAUUCUCAUCAAGAACAACAUCGCCACCGCCGACGAGAUGAACAAUACAGCGGGUUCCUUCUCGCUUCUUGGCGCCCGUGUCCCCCGCGAUUCAACCAUAGCGGCCAAACUGCGUGCUGCGGGUGCCAUCAUCCUCGGGAAAACCAACCUUUCUCAAUGGGCCAACUACCGCUCCUCCAACAGCUCGAACGGCUGGUCUGCCUACGGCGGGCAAACAUACGGCGCGUACUACCCUGGACAAGAUCCCAGCGGAAGCAGCAGCGGGAGUGGCGUAUCCGCCAGUCUGGGCCUUGCUUUUGCAGCCCUCGGCACAGAGACGGACGGAAGUAUCAUCAGCCCAGCACAGGUGAAUAACGUCGUCGGCGUCAAGCCUACUGUGGGUCUCACGAGUCGAACUCUAGUCAUCCCCAUCUCGGAACACCAGGAUAGCGUGGGACCCAUGGCGCGCACAGUCAAGGACGCAGCGUAUAUCCUUCAAGCCAUUGCUGGCCCAGAUCCGGCAGAUAACUACACACUUGCCAUCCCGUGGGCGAGCAACUCAUCAAACGCAACAGUCCCAGACUACGUAGCGGCGUGCACAUUGGAUGCGCUGAUGGGGAAGCGUAUCGGCAUCCCGCGCAAUGCGAUAGGAACCCGCUCUGCUUCCACAGCCGCGAUCUUCGACGCUUUCGAGGCCUCGCUCGCCGUACUACGCUCCGCUGGCGCAGUCAUCGUGGAAAACACGAACUACACAGCCUACGCUCAGUACCUGAACUCCACAGCCGAGGACAUCGUACUCUCGGCAGACUUCAAGCCCAAUCUCGCAGCGUACCUAGCGCAGCUGACGUACAACCCAAACAACGUGACUUCACUGGCGGACGUGAGGGCAUUCACGCAGAGAUUCCCCAUGGAAGACUAUCCCGACCGCGACACAGCCGAGUUCGACGCAUCACUCGCUCUGAACUUUUCCAACACGGAUAUUCAGUUCUGGAACGCGUACCAGCAGGACUUGUACCUUGGCGGCGAAGGUGGACUGCUAGGCGCGCUGGCUACAUAUGACUUGGACGCUGUGGUUGUGCCUUCUCGCGUUUCGUCUGGCAUCUCAGCUAUCAUCGGUGGCCCGGUUGUGACAGUGCCCAUGGGCGCGUAUCCGGCUAACACUACGGUUCGCACGAAUUCGCGUAUGGAUCUCAAUGCCACGGCGCCUAAUAUCCCAUUCGGCCUCUCGUUUGCGGGGAAGCUGUGGAGCGAGGAGAGCCUGAUUGGGUUUGCGUAUGCGUUUGAGCAAAGGACGAAUGUUAGGGAGAAGGUGAAGCCGUACGUGCAGCCGAGUCUUGAGAUUAGCGAUUUUCUUUGA